AUGGACGGUGGUAGCGGCAUCAACAUACUGUACUAUGAUACCUUUCGCCGGAUGAAUCUAACUGACAAGGAUCUCAAGCCGUGCUCCACAGUAUUCCAUGGCGUGGUCCCUGGCAAAUUGGCUUAUCCUGUUGGAAAGAUAUCAUUAGAAGUGGCUUUGGGUGAUGAGUACAAUUACAGAAUAGAAACGUUAUGGUUUGAGGUGUUCAAAAUCAAGAGCCCAUAUCAUGCUUUGUUUGGACAGUCGGCUUAUGCUCGGUUCAUGGCCAGCCCUUGUUACAUCUAUCUGCAGCUUAAGAUGCCAGAGCCAAAGGGGAGAAUCACGGUACAUGGUGAUCGGAAAGUCGCCCUAGAGUGUGAGGAAGGAGAUGCAGCUUAUGCGGAGUUAGCUUGUGCCACAGAGGAGCUCAAGUAUUACAAAGAGAAUGUUAACCCGGCCGAUAUGACCCCAUUGAAGAAGCCCACCAUAGAUUCUGGCCCGCCCCUCAAGUUUAAGUCGGCGAAGGAUACACAGCAAGUUGAUUUUUUCCCUGGCGACUCUUCUCAGCAGUUCACCAUCGGGACAGGGAUGGAUCCUAAAUAG